UUUGAGUUUGCCCGUUGCCCGUUGCCCCUCAGUGGCUCAGUGCAUCAGUCGGUGUGAUUUGGCCGUGGUGAUAGGUUCUCAUGGCUGCCGCUUCGGUGUCGAGUAAUGCCAGUUUGAGUGCGGCGUGUUGUUCAGUGGUCGAAGCCAGCAGACGCGGUGCCAUCAUGGACAACAACAGAACAACACAAACAACCAACAACAAGGACAACGAGGAAAUCAACGAAGCUGUCAGCAAGGUGCUGCAGGGCUUUGAUUGGACGAAUUUGGUGGUGCCCAAGAUCAACAAAUCUACCAAUGGAAAACGUAAACAGCACGUGAAAAGGCCGAUGAAUGCAUUCAUGGUUUGGGCUCAAGCAGCCAGGCGUCAUCUGGCUGAUCAGCAUCCACAGCUACACAAUGCUGAGCUCAGCAAAUAUUUGGGCAAAUUGUGGAGACACUUGAAUGAGACAGCAAAAAAGCCGUUCAUCUUGGAGGCAGAGAGGCUCCGGCUGAAACACAAGCGUGAACAUCCAGACUACAAAUAUCAGCCUCGCAGACGAAGCAAGCCAACUAAGCCAAAACUUGCCAACGUCGCUGACUCUACUCAGUCUGCUGGCUGUGUUUUGCAAACUCAGCAAUCCGCCACUCAUCAACCUCUAUUGUACAAAGGCCUGAAGAAAGAAGACCAGCACUACUUGGAAGACGAACAGACGAGCAGUGCUUCUGCCAGCAUGGGCUGCCCCUCCCCCUCUCACUCCACACCCCCCACUCCACCCACGACGCCCAACACCAGUCAGCUGUCGCGGCUGCGUUACUACCCUCACCCACACAUUGUCAGCCAAAUCAUACCACAAACAGGAACGUUUCCUAGUCAACAGGAGCCCGCGACAGGCGUUGAGCUGAGCCGCUACGAUCCUUCGCAAAUGCACACCUACACAGACUACUCACUGCCCGACACUUGCAACACAGAGGAUACGGAGCUCGACCCCUACGUGCAACAGUAUCACAUGCCCUGGAGCUACAUGGGCGACUCGUGGACUAGUCCUGCUCCUCCUACACAUCACACUACCACGGACCAGACCAUGCACCACGACGCUCAGAACAAGGACUGUUCGAAAAACGUUGGAUUCUAUCAACCGGUGCAAGUGCAACCAAUCCAGUACAACCAUACAAACUCCUUACAAUGUUUUUCACCAGUACAGUAUUCCUCGCAAAGAGCGCUUGAUAACCAUUGGGCUGGCAGAACUUGAUGGCCGGUGAACGGCGAUAAAUUUUGAUCUACGAUCAAUUAUUGUGCAAUUUAUAUGCUGAAUUGUUCACGAAAAGGAGGGACUGCCGUAAGUUUGAUAGAUAGGUAAUACAUAUUAACCUCAUUGGGACUUUUGUAAGGUGGGUUGACGAAACUUCAAGGCAAAUGGUUACCUAAACGACAAUCAAAUCCAAUCUACGAUCAACUAGUGUUUCUAUACUUUGUGAACAGUUCUUGGAUACAGACGAUACUGCGGUAAACUGAACAUCACUGUCGGACGAUUGAGUAAUUAUCGACUAAUUUUAAUUUGAGAUUUCUGGUGUAUUACUCUCCUCAUCAAAAUUGCUGUAAACAGUACUUGAAGCAUAACUAACGACUUUUCACGUAAACGUCGAUCAAAUUUAAUCUGCCUACGAUAAGUUAUUAUUGGUAUGCCUACACUUGGUUCACGGAAAGGAGAGACUAUACUUAUAACUGUGCUUGAAGAAUUUGAUGCAUCACUAACGGCCGGUUAAGUAAACUUCGAUCAAGUAGUUUUUCUUCUAAUAGAGUAGCUAGACCUUGUUACUCUUGUAAGGGAGAGGCUGAACUCAUGUGUGAGUCAGGAAGUCCAAUAAUUCACUGUAGUGAAUCCUCAAAUAACAAAAUACUUUUGAAAAACCAAUGACACAAUAUUUGAGCUAGCUGUUGUAUAUGUGAGCCUGUAGGUGCAAGUUCUAUUUGUAUUUGGGAACAGUUGGGUUAAAAACUGAAAAGUGAACUCUAGUAUGAUAGGAAAUGAGCUCUCUAAUAAGAUAUUCAGUAAGACUCAAUAAGAACCAAGUCCUGUUUCAAAGAAAUUUUGGACUGGAAGAGCAAAUAAUUGGAUGUGCAUACACUAUAACAAGUGUUUGGAAUGCUGCUAAUUGAAUUAAAUAGGGAUUUGACAGUAGUUUAUGCAACCAGCCGUUAUUUUGUAAAUAGUUGCCUAUAUUAUUAAUUAUCAACAUUUCUGAUGAAAUUUGUAAGUAUCGUAAUAUGAAUAAUUCAAUUAUUGAAUUUUUAUUCAAUUGUAUUCUGAACUCUCAUUUCUUCUUAAGCAAGUAGGAACCCACCAACAGUUAUGACAAUCAAAAGUGUGCAUAAGAAUUAUAUUGACUGCAUUCAAAUGUAUCACAUACUCAACUAACGUUUGUUAGAAACGUAUUAAGUGCCAUAACGCAUACGUGUAAGGUGUAAAAGUUAAUAAGUGCCAUGAAAUACCUAAACCCGAAAAGUACAUGUAAAAUGUAUAAAUAUGAAUAUAAUUUUAUAUGAUCGAGUUUGGCAAUAUUUAUUAUUAUAUAUUGAAAAACUAUUAGGAUUUCAAUAUUUUCCCAUGAGUUUGAGAGAGUCUUAAAUCUCGAAUGUGUUUCAAUGAUUAUUAUAAGCCAUGACAUUAUACUUUUUGAUUGUACUGCCAUAUAAACUUAAACACGUCAUGAUUGUACAGGUUAAACACUUCAUAUUAUUCAUAAAACAUUUUGAUACAUCUUCCAUGGAAUAACUAUCAUUAUGGCUAUUCUCUGCCUCUUCGUGUCACCCGAAUAUUGUGCCUUGAAUUAUUAUAGUUAUAAUUAUUACAAUAGUUUCUUAGCUUUAAGUUUGUAAAUAUUAAUUUACCAAAAGAAAAUUUUUACAUAGUCCACAUUAUUUUAAGCUCUACUCAUAUUUACAAAACUAAAAUUUUCUCUCAAUUUUUUUCAUAAGAUUUUUGUAUGUUAUCUGAAAGUAUCUAAAUUAUAACUCAUGUAGACAGUUAAAGUAAUAAAAGUUAAGUGAGCGAUAUACAAUGGAAAUAUGACUAUCAUGAUGAUUAUAGUUUCUUAUCAUUUGUAUGUUUUAUACCUUAGUCAAUUUUCGUAGGAUACAAUAUAUUCUACAGAACCAUAACUCCAUCAACUAUCAAGAAACAACUUCUUGAAAUGUAGUGGAUACUGAAUGUAAAUGAUUGUAAUAUUUACUGAGUUUUUAAAUGAAUUGAAUUAAUGUAUUACAAUCUGAAAUGUUAAGUCUACUACUAGUCUAUACAGUUUAAUUUGGUGGCGAAUUAUUAAUGAAAUAAUUCAGGGAAUAGUUAUUUUUUGUAAGAUCAUGUUACAAUUUUACUACUUAUUGUUACCUGUAUGCUGUAUCUAUACUAAACGCAUAACAAAAAUUGAUAUUUGAACAGCUUGUCUUUUUAGUCCGUAUUACCGCGGAGAUGGUAUGUUAUCAAAGAUAGUAUACACGAUAGCACACGACGGUCUUUUUCGUGAAGCUAUGUGGCGCUGGUAGCCUCGCCACUGCUUGUAUUGCCGCUUAGUCGGCCACAGUGAGUAUAGAAUUUAGAAUGUAACAUUCUACACAUCCUAGACAUUCUAUACUACUGUUACAUUCUAUACUCACUGGUCGGCCAAGACAAUAAUCAACAAUAAUCGACUUAGCAUAACCGUGGAAUUUAAGUGCCCUUUAACCUUGACAUAUCUUCUCUUAUGCUAUAUUUUCUCUUUGGUAUCACCCUGUGAGGUAAAUUAAUUUAUAUAGCUCUCUUAGGUUAUCAUGCAAAAUGUUCUCUAUUUAUUAUUUUUAGAAAGAAUUACCAUACGUUGUAGCGUAAUAGAAAUAGCAGAAUGACCGAGAACAAUGAAAAAUUAAGCAUAUAAGUUCCUUCUUAAGAAAAGAAUUUCAGUUACUCAGAAUGUCGGUAUACUAUUUAUUACCACUCAUUUGUAUAUGGAUAUUUGUAAAAUAAACAUGCUAUUAUUUUUCGAA